AUGGAGGGUCAGCGGGGAGACUCAGGUUCCUCGUUGUUGGAGGAUUUGGACCUGAAACUGGGGGGCGUUGACGCAACACAGCCCGGGCCAGGCAAUGCAGACGACGUUGACGAACUUACUAAGAAGGGCGGCGUUUUUCUUUCCCUUAACUCCAGUGGAAAACAGGUUGGAGCGGUUAAGCCACUGCUUGCCGCUUUUUUAUUGCUACUGAUGUCGGGGGCCCUUCUCCUAGUGUCCAGCAGGUGGAGAUCCCACAGACUUGGCCUACGCAGUGAAAGGAUACGGCUAUCUUUGGAUGAUAAUUGCAUGCAUAAGUACUUGGAUGAUCUCAGUUUAGCAGCGAAGGGGAUGAAUGACACAUGGGAAAGCUCAGCAUUGCCCGUGCGGGAAGCUUUUAUAAAACACUUCACACCUUCGCUUGAAGACGACCAAGAGCCCCCUGAAGAUCCGUUGGCAAUUAUCAGGGACCACAUCGCCAAGAUGCAAGAGUGCAAAAUUCCAUCUGACUCUUGUCCGAAGGCUCGCAUUGACUUUGCGCACCACUUGCAGCUGCUACGUAGCAUUUGCCGCGCAGUCACGCUUCGCCUGCAGGAAUUGGAAUGGCUCGCCAAAUUGAACAGGGAAUUCGAUGUGCCUGUCCCUGUUCCUGGUUACGAAAAGCCUUAUAGUCACUCUGACGGAAAAGACAAUAACAGCAUGGGCUUUGGGAUGCGGGCAGUUGACUUCUUGGCCUCCCUAGAGAUGGUUGGCGGUGAACGCACGCAGCCAGUGGAUGGAACAUUAGCAAGAGGACUUAUAUUUCUGUUGUCUGUAGAGAAUAAGCAUGACGUCUACAACUUGGUGGUUCGAUAUUACUUUCAGUAUUUCCUUCGAGCCUUUGGAGACGUCGAUGCACUCCACCCCACCCGUCCAAUUGCCAAGUACCAGAUUCCUUAUAAUGGAGAGUCAUUUCAAACUGGAGCUUUGAUAAAAGCAGCUGCACAUUUAUUCAGUGAAUCCGAUAACACAUCGAGUUACGAAAGCGUGCGAAAGAUUCACCGAAUUGCGGAGAACUGGACGUCCACAGGAGUAGUGAGAGCCACGGAGAACCAACGGAAAGGAAAUGCAGACAAUUUCGAAAAACGGUUGAACAUGAAAAGGGAACAAAUGCGGGCGUUGCUAAAGGAUGGCAUACCAUCAGAUGACCUGGUAAUUAUUGCGUUAUUCCUUCUAUAG